CGUUCCAGGGGAACAUUUCAUAACCCUUAGCUGCUUCGAAGUUUGGGAUAAGAGGUUACGUAUGGCCCACGUCAUCUCUCCCCAUCGUUCCUUGAUGAAAGAAAAAAAACUCGCCAUCUUUUCCAUAUCACCACACAACCAAUUCAACGGGAAGCAGGGAGAUAGAGAAGAGGGAGGAUGGGCUUCUGGAACUGGCCUUGGAGAGCAAGAUCACCAUCUGGCUUCAGUUCAUCCUCGACUGCCGAAGAGGUCACUGAAGGGAUUGAUGCCAGCCAUCUUACAGCAGUCGUCACAGGAGCAACAAAUGGCAUUGGAAAAGAGACAGCAAGGGUUCUAGCUUUAAGAGGGGCAAAGGUCAUUAUACCAUCCCGAACCAUGGAGAGUGGCAUGAAGGUAAAAGAGAGCCUCCUUGAACAAAAUCCAGAUGCAAAGCUCCAUGUCAUGGAGAUGGAUCUCAGCUCCCUCAGCUCUGUCGACUCCUUUGCUCGUUCCUUCAAUGCAUCAAACAAACGCCUAAACAUCCUAAUCAACAAUGCAGGCAUAAUGGCUUGUCCAUUUCAAUUGUCAAGAGACGGAAUAGAGUUGCAAUUUGCUACAAAUCACCUUGGACAUUUUUUACUGACAAAUCUCUUACUCGAAAAGAUGAAAGCCACAGCCAAGGAAACAGGAAUACAGGGAAAGAUAAUCAAUGUCUCAUCAACUGCACACAAAAGAAGUGAUGGAUCUUGGUUUGAUCUUGAUAAGAUCAAUGACAGUUCAAGGUAUAAACCUUUUGCCGCAUAUUCACACUCAAAACUAGCAAAUAUACUGCACGCAAAUGAGUUAUCUAGGCGUUUGCAGGAAGAGGGAUCUAAAGUAAUGGCCAACUCUUUGCACCCAGGAUUGAUAAUCACCAACAUAGGUCGCUACUUAAACAUAAAUGUUGUGGUACUUUCACUUGCUGCUCUAGCAAAACCUUUUCUAAAGAGCGUUCCCCAGGGGGCUGCAACUAGCUGUUAUUUAGCAUUACAUCCAAAUGCAACAGAUAUAACUGGAAAAUAUUUUGUUGACUGCAAUGAGGCAACACCUUCUCUGAAGGCAAGGGAUCAAGCUCUGGGCAAAAGGCUCUGGGAGUUCAGUGAAGAGCUUCUUAAGAGAAGAAGCAGGCAACCGUAACAACCUUGACAAAAGUUCAAGACAUUACAAAAGUCCUCUGAAUGUUUGUUCCACUCAUCAUUGUUAUUGCACAGAUUUUUGAGUGGUAGCAUAAAUACUUUGUGAAUGCUUCUACAUAUUUUUAAGACAUAGUAGAGUCUAAUUAAGCUUUGUUUGUCUCCAAUUCAAGCUUUA